GCCUUUCAAAACUAGGAAAGUUCAGCUAGACAGCAAAGAUAGCAAAUCAUUUUUUUUCAUAUUUUUCAAUCCUCUGAUUUUGAUAAUUUUUUUCAACGAUUUGGCGCGUAAUGUCUGAGAAAGACAAGAUUUUCCAAUCCAAGCGACUGCAGCCCAGCCCCCUGAAGGCGUUGCGGGUGUGCUUCCUGCGGAAUGGAAACCGAUACUUCCAGGGCGUUAACAUGGCUGUAUCGAGGAGCCACUUUAAGGACUUCCAGACCCUGCUGCGGGCGGUAACCGAAGCAUUGAGACGCCACGUGGUCCUGCGAUCGGCCGUCAUAAAUAUCCUACGGAUCGAUGGAUCGCCCCUCACAUCGCUGGGUUGUUUCUCCGAGGGCGACAUUGUGAUCUGCUGCUGCCAGUACGAAGAGAUGGUUUGGGUUGAGUACAGCGUUAACAAGGAUUUCCAACGGCAGAUGGACUUGCAAAACCGUUGGCACCAACGUAAAAUAUAUGGCGAAACCCUGGAAAAGAUCAAGGCCCAGGAUCUGCCCGAGGCCAUUCAGCUGUACAUUAAUAAUCUUAAACCCAUGGUGCAAACUGCAAGGACGCUGAUCUAUAGCGGCAAAACAAAGGCAAGCAGGAUGAAGUGCAUUGUGAAGAUGGUGAAUAAGCAGUACAUGAAUUACACCUGCGAGGAUCCCUAUAUAGAGGCGGAUGUCCUGCGUCAUCUGCAAUCGCACCCGAAUAUUGUGGAACUGAUGUACUCUGUGGAGGAGGAUAGGUAUAUGUACAUGGUGUUGGAGUAUCUGGACUGGGAUGUGGAGGAGGUGCUACAGGAACACGGUUCCAUGUCGGAGGAAAAUGCCCGAUCAGUGGUGAGGGGCACGGCGGCGGGACUGACUCACAUGCAGCAGUUGCAAAUCAUUCAUCGGGAUAUUAAGCCAGAGAAUCUGCUCAUAACCUUCUCAUCCACUUCUGGGAUUGACUUCGAAUUGGUCAAGAUAGCCGAUUUCGGCAUGUCUGCAUACUACCGGGGCAGCAAGCUCCAUUCCUGUUGUGGAACCCCUUGCUACAUGGCUCCUGAAUUGGUAGCAGAGUCGGGAUACGAUUACCAGGUGGAUGUAUGGUCACUGGGCGUGACCCUCUUCCAAAUGCUCUAUGGCAAGCUGCCCUUUGGUAAUUUCUACCAAAAUGUGGUGGAGGUGUAUGCGGCCAUCAUGAGUGGCGAGCCCAGCUAUCCCAAGGAAAUGGAAGGUCCCCUGAGUUCAGAGGCCAAGGAUUUGAUUGACGGUUUACUGAUGAAGAGCCCCAGCAAAAGGCUUACCAUCGCAGAGGUCGUCCAACAUCCCUUUCUAGCCCAGUAGCUUUGCUUUUAAUAUUGUUAAAAUUCACAGUACGUUUAGGUUUGUUUAGGUUAUCAAUAAAUUAGAAAAGUUUCCAGUUAGGCACAUCACAAAGGCCCAAGAUUUAUGGCGGUGGUGAACGGUUUUAAUUGGCUUGA